CUCAAGAUUCGGGAAAGUAGCUCUGCCUGGCGUAAGGUACCGAAGAGCGACUCCAACACCGUAACCGCAACCAUGAUGCACCCAUCACGCAAAGCUUAUGUAGAAGAUGCCGAGCCCGAGAACCAAGGCGGCGUCGAUCUGGACGCUAUCCCAAUCGACCGUGACUAUAAUAUCCCCAGUGCCAGCGCUGGCAUUGCCCCCGAGAAGGCAUCAGCUCUUCUCUCACAGUUCGAAAGGCGAAGGCUAGCAGCAACCAUUGCUGUCCCGACAGACGAUGCGCGAGUACGAGCGAAACUCCGGGAAUUGGGCCAUCCCAUCACGCUCUUCGGCGAGGGUCCCGCGGAUAGGCGAGACAGGUUACGAGAGCUUCUUACCGAACAAGUGCAGGCGCAACAAGCCAGCGCCCAGGAGAAGGCCGACGUGGAGAUGCAGGAUGCCGAGAAGGAGGAGGAGGAGGAGGAGGCUGAAGAACAAGAAGAGGAGUUUUACUCGAGGGGAACGGACGAGCUCUUACAGGCACGAAGAGACAUCGCCCAGUUUUCUAUACCGCGAGCGAAACGGCGCAUUGAAUUUCAGAAAAGGGAAGCGACCAUUCCGCUGCGCACGCACGCCAAGUUUCGGAAAGGAAUCAAGGACCGGCUUCAGAGCUUCGAGCUUCAGGGCAGUCAGACGGCAGGAGACCGUCACGUCUCCAUGACCAGGAUCUCGCCGAACGGGAAGAUGGUGGCAACGGGGAAUUGGGGCGGCCAGGUCAAGCUGCUCGACAUCCCAACACUAGAACACAAGCGAACACUCAGAGGCCAUACGAACAAGAUCAGCGGUAUCUCUUGGAUGCCUGGCGCUACGUUGCCCGAGCGCAACGUCUCGGAAGAGACGGUCAACCUAGCAUCGGGCGGUGCGGAGGGACAGAUUCACCUAUGGUCACUCUCGCAAGAUACUCCCCUUGCGACGCUCUCCGGCCACUCGCAGCGGGUAUGUCGCGUCGAGUUCCACCCGUCCGGGAAGUACUUGGCAUCCGCGUCCGAGGACACCUCGUGGAGGUUAUGGGAUGUCGCGACUUCCACAGAGCUUCUUCUCCAGGAGGGCCACUCGCGCGGAGUGUACGCGGUCAGCUUCAACACGGACGGGUCCCUGCUGGCCAGCGCCGGCCUGGACAGUAUCGGGCGUGUCUGGGACUUGCGCUCGGGCCGGACGGUCAUGAUCCUCGACGGCGGCACCGACGGCCACAUCAAGCCCAUCUACGGCCUCGACUGGGGCUCGGACGGCCACCGGGUGCUGUCAGCAUCCGCCGACGGGUGGAUCAAGUGCUGGGAUGUCCGGAAGGUGCAGCAGCAGGGUGGCAUCGGCGCGCACACCAGCGCCGUGGCCGACGUCAGGUGGUUCAAGGGUCUCGACGAUCCGGUCGAGGGCACUCCGCCGGGCCAGGACGAGAAGGGCGCGCAGCUUCCCAAGAAGUCGGGCACGUUUUUCGUCUCGGCAGGAUUCGACCACAAGGUGAAUGUGUUCUCGGCGGAUGAUUGGGCUCUGGUCCAGCCACUCACGGGCCAUACGGGCCCUGUGGCUAGUGUCGACGUAAGCAGGGACGGGAGAUGGAUUGUCAGCGGCGGCCAUGAUCGGACGGUCAAGCUCUGGGGGAGGAAUGAUUCGGCAGGCAUGUUUGGCGAUGACUAGACUAAUGAAGUGAGCCCUCAACGAGGGAAUUCGUCCAAGCCCAUACAUGGUUCCUCAGAGAAUGACAUUUCCUGGAGGUGCUGUUUCGUCUGGUGUUUGCGGCUGCAAUUUAUGCGUACAUACAUGUGUUUGUAUCGCCAUCUUUGGAGGGGCCGGAGCAGCACCUCAUGAAACGAAUAAUGUCAGGAGAAGAAGAAGAAGAAGAAGAAAAAGAAAAAUAGGCGCUGCGAUGGCCCAUGUCGUUCAGUCAUCAAGGCAAGCCCGAUAGAGCAGCAGUAUAUAUCCUUGUUCUAGCUCCAAAAAGGAUAAAGAAAG